UUCGCAGACCGGUCGCAAAAGGGCUCGUACCCGAACAGAAAUUCGCGACAUCGACAUCAGACAAACCGAUCCGGAACAAUGGGGGACGUGAUCAACGAUCAAAGUGUCGAGUUCCAUCUGGUCGCCUUCCUGGAGAAGCUGGACGCGAUCAGGAACGACAACGGUGCGGUGAUCGACGGCAACAAAGUACCGGUGCAAGUGGAGAUCCGGACAUUGGAAUUUUGGCGAGCGGUCACGUCCGAGUGUUUGGCAUCUUUUAUUUAUGUUUUUGUGGUGUGCGGAGCGGCCGCCGGCACCGGGGUCGGUGCUUCGUUGUCUUCCGUUCUUCUCGCCACCGCUCUGGCCGCCGGCUUCGCGAUGACAUCGCUGACCCAGUGUUUCGGACACAUCUCUGGUGCUCAAGUUAACCCGUCUGUGACGGUGGCAAUGGGUGUCACGAAGAGGAUAACCCUCCUAAGAACCGUCUUCUUCAUAUUGGCCCAGUGCGGGGGUGCAAUCGCCGGCGCUGCAUUCCUCUACGGAGUAACAGUUCCUGGUUACCAAAGCAACUUGUCAGCUGCAGUGGCACACGCUGCAACUAUUGCACCCUGGAAAGGUUUCGCCAUCGAAUUUAUUCUAACUUUCGUUGUCGUCUUCACAUAUUUCGUUUCAAUGGACACAUAUAGAAAAUGGAUUGGUUCAUCUUCUCUCACCAUCGGUGCCACAUACGCCGCCUGUUCAUUUGUUUCCAUGCCUUAUUUGAACCCAGCUCGGUCAUUGGGACCAUCCUUCGUCCUCAGCAAGUGGGAAAACCACUGGGUGUACUGGUUAGGGCCACUACUCGGUGGUGUUGUCUCUGGAUUGGCUUACGAAUACAUUUUCAACCCCAACCGUCACAGAAAAUUGGAAAAUUCGUCUGAAGACGACUCCUCAAGCAUAAGAUCAGACGAAGACACUUACGACGACUUGGACAAGCCCGUUCCCCCGAAGUUCCACGGUUCCACUUACAACACAUACCGUUCAGCCAACGGUGACAGAGGUAACCCCUCUGGGUACUGCCCUAGCUUAACAACCGGAAGCUUAUAUUCCGCUCCCCCAACUAAACUGGAAAGAGUCGAGUCCCUGUAUGGCGGUACCAAAUCGUUGUACUGUAAAUCACCACCGUUGACCAGGGCGAACUUAAACCGCAGCCAGUCAGUUUAUACCAAAUCUAACUCGGCAGUCAACAAAGAUAUCAUACCAAAGCCCGGGCCUCUUGUGCCAGCCCAAUCCCUAUACCCCAUGAGACUGAACCAACAACAAAGCCACAUACAGAACCAAAACAUGCAAAACCAAAUGCAGCAACGAUCUGAAAGUAUUUACGGCGUCCGAGGAGUGACACCAGGAACAGCCAACAGACCCGACAACUACGCCACCACCGAAAGGUCGAUCUACGGCUCCAGAGCCAACCCGGCACCCAACGACGGCAACAAGUACGCCACCGACGCCAACAAGUACGCAACCGACGCCAAAUACGACGACACAGCUUCAAGCAAGAGUUCAUCGACAAGAAGGCCCGAAUCCAUGUACGGAUUACUGUCAUCUCAAGCCAGAAGAGUGCAAGCCAACCAAACCGACGAUUCGAACUACAGCGCCUUCGUCUCCCUCGGCACGUCACAGCCCAGAAGCAACCCACCAGGUGGAAACAGUUACCAUGCAUCCAACAAUCCGGGAAAUUAUCCGCAAACCAGUUCAAAUAAUUAUCCAGCCAGGAGCAACUCAGAAGCCAGACCAGCUCCGCAGAAUCAACCGUCUACUUCCAGCGCACCCUCCUACCAUCACCAGCACCCCCAGCAUUCCCCUAAUCCGCAAUAUUGACAGAAGCAUACUUGGUUGUAAAUAGCAACGCUUGCAAUUGUUUUAAUUUAAAUUAAAUCAACGAAGAGCAUAAAUGCUGCCUUCGCAGCGUGAAACUGCCAAAGAGAGAUUUGGAUAAGAUCGUCACAGGAAUGUGUGAUAUGAUGGAGAGCUAACUUAAAACGUUGUAUUUUUCUUGUUUUGGGGAUGAACAUGUUGUUGAUUAGUACGUAAGUCGUAAGAUAAAACAGAUGUAAGUUUGACUGUGGCAUUUUUAAAUAUGUGUACAUAUAUAUUUCAUGUAUUUUACUCUACUUCGUAUUCAUUUUGUUGUAUUUUAUCGCAUAGAUUUUAGGGAUAUUCAUAAAAUAAAAUUAGAAAUUAG